CAUUUUGUCAGAUCUUUAAGAUGGUUACUUUGCGCGAAAAUUAAAUGUUUUAAAUUCUGCGACUUAUUUAUGCCGUUUGUCUGAAGUAUGGAUCAAUCACUUGACGAUUUUCAACUACCAAGACUGAAAAAGUUACGACGAGUCAAAAAGACGUCAGUUAGAAAAACUUCCAGUUCACAACCUACAAAUUUAUUGCACGAUAACCGUCAUGAUAACUUAAAGACACUUAAUAUUGAAAUAGAACCUCUGCAAGGGGGUAAAACAUCCACGACUGCUGCGAAUGAUGAUACACUGGAUGAGGUCGAAGAAAUUGAGAAUUUCUUUGAAAAUCAAAGUCAUUCUUUCCCUAAACCAGAUAACAGCAUUUCUUCUACAAGUGCUAACAAUCUAAAAGAUGAAAUCCAGAAAGAUAAAAAACAGAAACGAAAUUUUGAUGAGGAUGUAGAGGGAUCAGUAAUGGAUGAUGUCAGCAUUCCUGUUCUUCAAAAUCUUCCCGAUCUCUGCUGCUCUCCCGGAGGCAUCUGCAACAUCUGUAACAAGAAAAUCCCGAAAUCAGAAUGCCAGGAUCAUCACAGGCGAUGUAUGCGGGAACGUUUUGCUUCAGAAUCCGAUCGUAAUUGUCCAACAUGCGGAAAAUACAUUGUUUCUAAAGCAGAGUUCACUAUCCAUACCAAAGCAUGUGAAGAGCUGAACAUAAAAGCUUGCAGAGAAAUCUUGAAUGAACCAAAGGUGACCUCUUCUUACUUCAACAUAAAGGAGGGAAUAAAGAAAGACAGUAAAGAAGAGAUGGUAGAUUUUAACUGUCCAACUUGUGAAAAGGAUUUAACCAAUUUUAACACUUCAUCCAGACAGCAUCAUAUUAACAGAUGUUUAGAUGGUCAGCUUUCUCAUGGCAAUGUUCUAACUAGAAAGUGCAGUCCAUCGAAACGGCAGAUAAAACAGGGUCAUGAAAGUGGUAGCGCAAGUGAAGACAAGUCAUCUUUUGUGUGUUCGAAGUGUGACAAGGUUUUAAAAUCUUCUAGAGGGCUUAAGAUACAUCGGAAGGCAUGUCUGAACAAAGAUGGCAACGCAAUGCAAACGAAAACCAAAGGGAAGCAAAGACGUGUAUUGCGCAAUCCUAAAAGUGAAGAUGAAGAACAAAUUCAGAUAGCAAAAGCAUUGUCCAAAUCACAGCUGAAAAUGGAAAAAUCGAAAAAGAAAACCAGUCGUACCAGAAAAAAAGAAGUCCCAGUUCCUGUGAUGCUUGAGAUGAGCGUUAAUUCUCGUAAAGCUGCGGUUGAUGCUCGAGUUGCUGAGUUGGUAAUGAAUGCAGUUUCGUCUUCAGAUAAACAAUCGGAUGAAGAAAAUGAAUUUUCAUCCACGCCAGUGUUGCCAGCUCCAAAAUGGAAUUCAAGGAAAUCUCGAUCUGGAAACACUGAAACAUCGAGUGAUGAAAGUGUGGUUCUGAUACAGAACACAUCAGAUAUGAACAACCAACACGCGUCUAAUGAAGAUAAGAACGUUACAGACAGUGAUUUAGAUGUUUUAUCUAACAGGAAAACAUAUUCCGAUGUUAAAGAACCGGAUGAAACUGGUUCGAAACAGUAUAAGUUCAAAAGCAAAUUUGCCAAGACCAGCAAAAGCAAGUGGGGGCUUACUGGAGAAAAUAUUUUAAGGAAUGAAAACUACACGGUUUCAGGUUUGCUUUCUCAGUUUGAAGUUCGGAAAACACUUCAGGUAGAAGUUGUUGAUAUCAUUUCAGCAGAAGAUGGUAGUCUUGAAAAUGAAGUCACAAAGAGCCCAAAACAGGUUUUUAAACAGAAUGAUAAAGUUUUACAAGAUAUGUGCUUUACAAUUAGCCCUGAUGCUUCAAAUAACAGUUUGUGUUUCAAUGACAGCACCCCACCACAACCACAUAAUGAAAUCAAUGAGGAGACCAAUAUUUCUCUAAUGAUGGAUGAGCAGGUUCCAGCAGUUGAAGAUACAACAAGUUUCAAUGAGGAAAAUGUUUCAAAAACCACCCAUCAAGUUCAGAACGACCAAAACACCUGUGUUAAUGAUCCAACUAGUUCAACUGAAGUUGGGUCCAAUCCUCCUUUAUAUAAGCAGCUGCUGUGUCUCAGCACAGAUAUGGGCAAGUUGCUGAACAAUGAAAAAUACAGUGACAUGACCCUGGUGUUUCCGGAAGGUUCCAGAGAAACCACCCUCCAUGUUCACCGCUGUAUGUUGCUGUGCAGAGCUCCUCAAUUAUUAAAGAGUCUGGAGCGCCACUGUAAUAAGAUGGACAUCUGUUAUUUAAAGCUGAGCAACCUUGCAGACUUCUCACCUUUGCUUUACCACAUUUACACUGGGUGUGGUGAUAUUGGUGACUACUUACAACAGCUGGAUAAAGUUUUAAAGCAGUUAGCAGAAGAAGAUCACACCUUGGGUGGCAGGAGCAAUUCUCUUCUGCAUCAGAACAGUGAAACUGAAGUAAAUUCGAUUGAGCAGUUGUUUGAUGCAUCAGAUUAUGAAGUGGUUCAACCAACUUGCGAUGAAAGUGUUGAAGAAAUUGGACAAAGUAGUGAGAUGGGAACAAAACAAUGUAGCGUUCGUCUUCAUAAGAUAUUAGAUGUUGAAACUUGUUCAGAAACGGAUAAGUCCGAGUCAGAUUGUAGGAGUCAGUCUUCAGUUCUUCAUUCAGAUGAUGAUUUGUUUGAAACUACAACUCCAAAAAUAUCAAUGAAGCGUCUCAACCAUUAUUCUCCAUGCCCAACGUCUGGUGGAGUUUCCUCUGUUGAUUAUGUCGAUGAAAGUGCAUUUGUUUUUGAGGGGUGUGCUUUAAACAAUUACUCAGCAGAUUCCUUGGACCAGUAUGACUCACCAAAAGACAAACGAGUAACUCAGCUGAAACGAAAAUCGCUUCACAUAACUCCAAUUGUAGGAAAUCGUUCAAAGUCCCGGAGAAUGGCGGGGAGCACUCCGAAGAGUGUUGUUCAACAUAAAGACAAUGUUAUGCAAUCUCCAAUGAACGUUAGCGACUUAUCUGCAAUAUUUCCUCAAAAUGAAACAGAGAGAAGCAAUAAGCCUCAGUUUAAAACUCCCAAAAGAGAAUCACUGUCAGAAUCUGCUAAUAGUGAUUAUGAAAGUGACCCACCUGCUGAAAAACUCCCAUUUCAAAAUUUAACUGAAGAAACUUCUAACACAAAUUCCACACCUGGAUGUGCAAAAGAUUUCAGUGAAACUUUAGAAUUAGAUUCCGUCUUAAUUCGUGCGCUAGAAGAGGCAGAUAAUGUCCAAGGUGGAUCAAAACACAACGAUAAUUUUAAAACACCAAAAAUGAAAACAAGAAGCAAGAAAACAUCAGAUAUGGUUCCUAUUACUCCGAUGCCCAAUUACAGUGACUUGGACACUCCAGAAAUCAUCAAAAAAGGUCAGGAUUUUGGACUGAAGAAAACAUUGGGCAAGCGUAAGAUAAAAACAAAGUUAAAGGAAGCAUUUCUUUACAACCACCAAGUUGAAAGUUCUUCUGAAGACGAACAACCUGACAUGAACGAUAAUGAUAAGCAUGUCGCUGUCACGUCUACUUCACCAUUGUUACUUCAUAAUUAUGAAACGGAAACUGAAAGUGAGCUCACAAUGGAUGGAGCAGAUGAUUCAAGUAAGAAGAAUGCGGAGGAAAUCAUUAAAGCAACUGAAAUAUUGGAAAGACAAUCAGAUAAAGAGUUUUGUCGCCAAGUCACUGCGGCUCUUAACUCCUCACUAAGGAGGGGUGUUAUGGCAACUGCCCUGAGAAAUGCAGCAAAAUCAAGUGCUGGUUUACCUCGUGGGUCAGAAGCAGACAUGGUGAAUUGGUUGAAUCGUUUAUCACCGGGCACCUCAAACUACAGCAGAGAACUCAACAUUCUACUAAGCCUUUCUGAAGAAAAGAAAGAUGCCUUGGUGUCGGCUCUCACUAAAUUCAGCAUCACCAAAGCAGAACAGCUUGGUCCACACAAACAAUAUCUGUUUGAGGCGUUACCUCACAUUUACAGAGUUAUGUUGAAGUUAAAUCCCAAGCUUAAACCAGCUUAAAAAUAAUCUGCUCAAAUUUAUUUUACCUUUCUUUCUUCUGACUCCUAAGCUUUUUAUAUUUUCUUUUGCAUAUUUCUUGAUAAGAUUUUCUUCACUGUUCUUUUUUCAUUGGGUGAUUCAGUUCCAAUAAACUGUUUGCUCAUUCA